CGCAUUUCCUGUUUGUUGUUGGAGAAAGGAGAGAAAGGAAAGCGCGAGGAGCCGCCGCCACCACCAGCGCAGCAGUCCUGGAGCUGUGAGGAGAUUCGGGCCGUCACCCUGCCUCCCCUGCGUCCCGCCACCGGCCGCUUCCGUCCUCGGACCCAUUCCAACAAUCUCGUAAAACAUGGUGGAUUACUAUGAAGUUCUAGGCGUGCAGAGACAUGCCUCACCCGAGGAUAUUAAAAAGGCAUAUCGGAAACUGGCACUGAAGUGGCAUCCAGAUAAAAAUCCUGAGAAUAAAGAAGAAGCAGAGAGAAAAUUCAAGCAAGUAGCGGAGGCAUAUGAAGUGCUGUCGGAUGCUAAGAAACGGGACAUCUAUGACAAAUAUGGCAAAGAAGGAUUAAAUGGUGGAGGAGGAGGUGGAAGUCAUUUUGACAGUCCAUUUGAAUUUGGCUUCACAUUCCGUAACCCAGAUGAUGUCUUCAGGGAAUUUUUUGGUGGAAGGGACCCAUUUUCAUUUGACUUCUUUGAAGACCCUUUUGAGGACUUCUUUGGGAAUCGAAGGGGUCCCCGAGGAAGCAGAAGCCGAGGGACGGGGUCAUUUUUCUCCGCGUUCAGUGGAUUUCCGUCUUUUGGAAGUGGAUUUUCUUCUUUUGAUACAGGAUUUACUUCAUUUGGGUCACUAGGUCAUGGGGGCCUCACUUCAUUCUCUUCCACGUCAUUUGGUGGUAGUGGCAUGGGCAACUUCAAAUCGAUAUCAACUUCAACUAAAAUGGUUAAUGGCAGAAAAAUCACUACAAAGAGAAUUGUCGAGAACGGUCAAGAAAGAGUAGAAGUUGAAGAAGAUGGCCAGUUAAAGUCCUUAACAAUAAAUGGUGUGCCCUGGAAGCAUCCCGUGAGUGCUGGCUGCGGAAACCCAGAUGGUGGUUGCUGUCCCACAGCCCUUGAUUCAGAGAUGCCCUGGACCACAGCUGCCUGGAGUGUAGAGCAGGGGCUUACUCCCCACACCCCUCCUGCUGUGCGACCUGCGGCCCAGCCUGCUGUUGGAGGCUUGCCAUGUGGAUCCGAAGGACCUGCGUCUUGGCUUUACAAAGAUUCUCCACUCCUGGGAGCCCUGACUAGCAAACGUCUGUGUAGUGUUGAUGCCACACUGCAGUUGUUAACAUCGCGUCCUUUUCUGCCCUGUUAGGUUGGUUUCUCUCUUAAACAGGGCAGCGCUGUCAUCCCAUUCCCCCACCUGGUCCUUCCUCUUCCCCCUAGCUGGUUACUGAACUGACUGCCAUUCAGGCACUGGUGGGAAAUUACUUCCAGAACUUGCAAAACCAUAGAGACCGGGGGUUUUCUGAAGGAGGCUUUGGUGCUGAAACAUUGUUGCAGAAAUGUGGGGUGGAGCCUCCUUCCUGCCCGUCUCCCCCAGGGGAUGUGGUUUGCUUCCCAUGUGGUUUGCUUCCCGUGUGGUCAGCGCUGUGCUGCGAGCUCUAAGAGGUGACCUUUUCCUCUGCCUUCCCACAGCUGCCCUGAGUUGGCAAAAAGUGCUUUGCCCAAGGACAGGGUCUAAUUGAUAAUGGCGUGUGGGGGAGAUGCGGCUCCUGAGGCCUGGAGCAUGCAUUCAUUCAUUCCUUUAUAUUAUUUUAUAUUAACUUUUGGACCAGGUCUCUCUCUCUAACCCAGGCUGGAGUACAGUGGUGCAGUCACAGCUCUCUGUAGCCUUCAACUCCUGGGCUCAAGCAUUCCUCCCACCUCAGCCCCUAAGCAGUUGGGACUACAGGUGUGCGACACAACGCCUGGCUAACUUUUUGUAUUUUUAGUGGAGACAGGGUUUUGCCGUGUUGCCCAGGCUGGUCUUGAACUCUUGGACUCGAGCGCAUCACUCACUUUGGCCUCCUGGAGUGCUGGGAUCACAGACAUGAGCCCCCAUUCCCAGCCCAGAGCAUUUUACACCAAAUGUCAGGACAUUGCUGGUAGGAACAGCAGUUGGAGCAGAAGCUCGGGGUGUGGUCAUCAGGGAACUGUGGAGUUUGCAGCCUGCGUGAGACACGUUUCGUACACACAUUUCCGCCAAAUUGAGAACUUUGCUGCUCGUCAGCUCUAAGCCAAAUAACCUCUUACCCAAAACUUCCAGGGAUGCUUUACAUAAUGCCAGGCCUCUGAGAAAGUCAGCUGCAGAACUUGGAACGAGAAAGUGCUGUUUUCCACGAGUCUUUUCAGCCGUAUCUUUCCGUGUCCAUGGGUCAAUGGUCCCUGCACAGAUGAAUUGGCACUGGACACGGCCUCCUGCGGUGGCUGCUGGGGGCUAAGCCUUCCCUGCCAGUCCCUGCCAAGCAGGAAAGACAAGUUUGCCUCAGUUGGGGUCUGUGCCCAGCAUGAGUGGUCUAUCUAGUGAGUGGCUGGGCACAGUUGUCCCAUCCAUGGCUGAUGCCUGGUGGCGGCACCCACUGGGUCUCAGCCCAAGUCUUCCAUGGAGCCUGGCAAAAUAUUGAUGUCCUUUUCCACAUAAUAUUUAAGGUAUUUGUGUAGAGUCUUAUGUACUUGCAGGAGCAGUUGGUUAAAUUAGGUACCUAGAAGUUGAGUAAUUGGCUUGAGAAACGUGUGCAUUGAAAAUUGGUAAGUUACCAGGCGCAGUGGCUCAUGCCUAUAAUCCCAGUGCUCUGGGAGGCUGAGGUGGGUUGAUUGCUUUGAGCCCAGGAGUUCAAGACCAGCCUGGGCAACAUGGUCAAACCACGUCUCUACAAAAAAUAUGAAAAUUAUCUGGGCUUGGUGGCGUGCGCUUGUAGUCCCAGAUACUCAGGAGGCCGAGGUGGAAGGAUCACUUGAGCCAGGGAUAUGAGGCUGCAGUGAGCCGUGAUCGAGCCACUGCACUCCAACCUGGGCAACAAGGAGACCCUGUCUCAAAAAAAAAAAAAAAAAAUCAUAAAUGAUUUCUUAGAAGGAGUCUUCUCCUAUCAACAACGGAUUGGGGUCUGUGUCCUCACGCUUGCUAGUACUGUCUGUCAACAAUUUCUAAAAUUUGCGUCUUGGCUAUCCAGGGCAAGCAUCUUGUGUCACCUGCGUGUGCCUCUUUUUCUGUGGACUUAUUCUCUUGAUUUUAUAGGAGCCCUUUACAUGCUAGUUGAUUAGUCUUUAGCCUGCUGUGUUGAAAGUGGGGUUUUUUUUUUUUUUUGGUUUUUCUUUUGUUCACGUGACUUACUGUGUGGUAGUCAUCUUAUUUACACAGACGUGUGUGUGCGUGCGUGUGCCUGUUACAGAGCUGCCCCAUAUUUUUAUUUUGUAAUCCUGCGUGUGUUUACUUUUAUUUAUUUGGAAAGGUUGUUGUGUGGGAAACAGCCAGCUUUGUCCCAGAUUUCUUGCCCGCGUUUCUGCCGGACUCUCGUCCUGUCUGGUUUCUUGCACCCUGUAUGGAUGGCAGUGCGUGCAUCCGGAAGCGCAGCUCAUUUCCAGCUCGUUUCUAGGCCAGUCUUCGUUGUGCUUUCAAAUGAAAGGUGCGGUCAGCGCGAGGAACACCCCAUGUAGAUUUGGGAGAGCCUUUGACACCCGAGAGCCAUGUGGCAGACUGAUUUUUUUAACAUCCUGUUUUACGGACAGCUGUAAAGUGCUGUCUUAAUAUGUAGAUGUGCACAUUUCUUCAUUGUAUCACUACAUGAAGCUGGGAAUGCCGUCUGUGUGUGUUUUCUUUUCUAACUUACGGAAAACCAGGAAGUCGGUACGCCUUACAUUGCUUUUUAUCUCAUCACUUUAGUCUUGGUAUUCUGAUUUUAUUAUUUUUAUUUUUUUGAGACGGUGUCUUGCUGUGUCGCCCAGGCUGGAUGGAGUGCAGUGGUGUGAUCACGGCUGACUGCAACCCCUGCCUCCUGGGUUCAAGCGAUUCUCCUGCCUCAGCCUCCUGAGUAGCUGGAAUUACAGGCGCCUGCCACCACCCCUGGCUAAUUUUUUUGUAUUUUUAGUAGAGACGGAGUUUCACUAUUUUGGUCAGGCUGAUCCCGAACUCCUUACCUCGAGUUAUCCCGCCCUCCUUGGCCUCCCAAAGUGCUGGGAUUACAGGUGUGAGCCACUGCGCCUCGCCUAUUCUGAUUUUAAAAAAGAAUUGGAAUAUCAUAUUUUUUACAAUUGGAAAACUCUAUAAAUUUUCUAAUUUUUACCCUUAUUUUUCUUAUUGAUAUAAGUAUUUUUGUCUUGUUUUCCAGCAGGCUGAUUUUAGUAUUUUACUGUGUGAUUAUGUUUCUGAGAAAGAUAAGUUACUGUGUUUAUGUCCAAAAAUUCCUCUACAUGGCACUGUUGGGUUCUCUUGUACCUUGAUUUUACUUUGGGUUUUAGAUUCUGUAGAGAGGGUGAAGCUCCCGGCCCUGUGAUCUUGAGGGUGAGUUGGGAGCCGUCCAUGCCCUGCCUACCCCAACACCAGGUUCAGCUGCCUGUGAAGUCAUUUGUUUCGUGCACAUUUCCUAGUUACUGGUAUUUUUUAAUCAUUAAAAAUGUUUUUAAAUUAUUGAUAGUAAUUGUACGUAUUUGUGGGGUGCAUGUGUGCAGUGGGUGAUGAUCACAUCGGGGUGCAUGUGUGCAGUGGGUGAUGAUCAGAUCGGGGUGCAUGUGUGCAGUGGGUGAUGAUCAGAUCGGGGUGCAUGUGUGCAGUGGGUGAUGAUCAGAUCGGGGUGCAUGUGUGCAGUGGGUGAUGAUCAGAUCGGGGUGCAUGUGUGCAGUGGGUGAUGAUCAGAUCGGGGUGCAUGUGUGCAGUGGGUGAUGAUGAGAUCGGGGUGCAUGUGUGCAGUGGGUGAUGAUGAGAUCGGGGUGCAUGUGUGCAGUGGGUGAUGAUGAGAUCGGGGUGCAUGUGUGCAGUGGGUGAUGAUGAGAUCGGGGUGCAUGUGUGCAGUGGGUGAUGAUCAGAUCGGGGUGCAUGUGUGCAGUGGGUGAUGAUCAGAUCGGGGUGCAUGUGUGCAGUGGGUGAUGAUCAGAUCGGGGUGCAUGUGUGCAGUGGGUGAUGAUCAGAUCGGGGUGCAUGUGUGCAGUGGGUGAUGAUCAGAUCGGGGUGCAUGUGUGCAGUGGGUGAUGAUCAGAUCGGGGUGCAUGUGUGCAGUGGGUGAUGAUCAGAUUGGGGUUAAUGGCAGAGCCACCUCACAGUUACUGUUUUGUGUUGGGAACAUUCGGAGCCUCUCAGAAAACUUUAUUUCCUAAGCUGGUUUGUUGAGGGGUUUUCUUUGAUAUCAGUUUGCUAAUUUAUGUGUUCACUGGAAGUAUCCACGCUGUUCUGAGGCCUGUGAUCAUGCGCCUUUCUCAUUCUUCACAUUUGUCCGUGUCCGAAGGUUUCCAAGUGUUUUCCUGUUGGUUUAGUUUCUCUCAAAAGAAUACCUUUCUCAUAUCUUAUUAUUAUCCUGAGUUUUUCUUCCUAUUCUUUUGGUUAGUUGUGCUUCUGCAGAAUAUUUAUUUGCAGCACUUUUGUUCAUAAAUAGGAAUGUUAAGAAUUGUUUUUAAGUUUGACUUGUAAAACAUUUUUGUUGACUUCUAAGUCGUUCUUUUAAAUUUCUAUUUUCAUUCAAAACAUAACCCAUAUGACAUCUAUUUUUGGAGGGAAGGGUUAAGAAACAGCAGAUGUUGCCUUGUCAAUUCUGUGAGCUUGUAUUCUACUGGAUUUUUUUCUAUCUUGGUUAAGAAAUGCCGCCCCUGUGUAUCUACCUUAAAAAAUGUUUAAGUCCAGGCGUGGUGGCUCACGCCUGUAUUCCAGCACUUCGAGUGGCUAAGUGGGUGGAUCGCUUGAGCCCUGGAGGUCGAGGCUACAGUGAGUCGUGAUGACACCACUGCACUCCAGUCUGGUGAUGGAGUGAGACCCUGUCUCAAAAAAAAAAAAAGUUGAAAAUAUGAAUCCAUCUAGAACAUUUGUGUGAAGUGGCCUCACUUUUUCCUCCUCUAUGGACAAUUUGUCCUUCCUCCAUGAUGAAUUGUGAUUUAAUUUUUAAUGAUUUGCUUGUCUGCAGCUUUUUUGGGAGGAACUUUAUUGGGAUUUGCCCAUCAUGAGUACAUUUGUUAAGGAUGGGUGCGAUUUCCCUCUUGUGAAGAAGCAACACAUCACAAGAGCAGAUUUUGUCCCCGCCUCUCAGCGGAGCUUAGAACCAUACAGAAAGUGGGCCAGACGUGGUGGCUUACGCCUGUAAUUCCAGCACUUUGGGAGGCUGAGCUGCGUGGCGGGUGGAUUGCUUGAGGCCAGCCUGGGCAACGUGGUGAGACUCUGUCUCCACAAAGAAUAGAAAAUAUUAGCCUGGCUUGGGGGUGCACGCCUCUAGUCCCAGCUACUCAGGAGGCUAAGGUGCGAGGAAUGCUUGAGCUGGUGGAGGUCAAGGCUGCAGUGAACCAGGAUUGCACCACUGGGCACUCCAGCCUGGGCAACAGAGCAAGACCCUGUGCCCGCCGCGCCCCCCCACCUCCCAAAAAAAACCCCCAGAAAGCAGAGAGUUAGCUGUUUGUCUUCCCCAUCUGGUAUUACCGGGGCUGGAAGCAUACUUGAGAGCACUACGUUUAAUGGGCAGCAUUUUGGGAGGGGGCUGGGGGGGGGGUUGCUGCUGGGCACAUCUGGCCACUUAAUGUAGUUAAAGCAAUAGCAACUGAAUGAAAAGCUCUAACAUGAAUUCAUUGUUUCAUCUGUUAUUUGACUUUUAACAUUAACAUAUCUAGUUCUGCUUUUGUCUGUCUUUUAAAGAGAAUUGCAUGGGCAGCUUCUCUGUUUUUCCUGUGGAUGCAGGAGCUUAGCUUUGGGCUCCUGAGCUCAGGCCUUCUCAGCUCUGAUGAGCUUCAGGAGAGGCAGUUGGAGGUUGAAUGUGGGUGGUGUAUGCCUUCUUAUGGAAGUCCCUGAUGGGAAGACUGAGGAGCUCUGAGAAGAAACUAGAAUGACUUGUCAUUACAUUUUUAUGUGGAAUAAGAUUCAGAUGUCUUUAGAAAAAUAAAAUUUUGUGAAUAUGCGAGUCUACAAAAAUUACAACAUUCAUUCUAUGUUUUUUCUUUUCUUUUCUUUUUUUUUUUUUUUGAGACGGAGUCAUGCUCUGUUGCCCAGGCUGGAGUACAGUGGGGCGAUCUCGGCUCACUGCAACCUCUGCCUCCCUAGUAGCUGGGAUUACAGGCCUGUGCCACCACACCCGGCUAAUUCUUUUUAUAUUUUUAGUAGAGACAGAGUUUCACUCUGUUGGCCAGGCUGGUCUUGAACUCCUGACCUCAAGUGAUCCACCUGCCUUGGCCUCCCAAAGUGCUGGGAUUACAGGCUUGAGCCUGUAAUUUUUUUUUUUUUUUUUUUUUUUUUUUGAGACGUAGUCUUACUCUGUCACCCAGGCUGGAGUGCAGUGAAGUGAACUCGGCUCACUGCAACCUCCGUCUCCUGGGUUCAAGCGAUUCUCAUGCCUCAGCCUCCUGAAUAGCUAGGACUACUGGUGUGUGCCACCACGCCCAGCUAAUAUUUUGCAUUUUUAGGAGAGACAGAGUUUCAGUAUGUUGCCCAGGCUGGUCUCAAAACCCUGACCUCAGGCAAUCUGCCCGCUUCAGCCUCCCAAAGUGCUGGGAUUACAUGCGUGAGCCACUGUGCCUGGCCCCAUGUUCCUUUUCAAGAUUUAUUUUAAUGAUUAAGUGGGCAACAGUUAAAUCCCUCCAGCUCCUCAGCCUAACCAGGGAGCGGGGCAGUCUCAGGGCGACGUGUUUCUUGAGGACGCUUAGAUGCCUAGGGUUCCGUUUAUAAAGAGUUCCUUCAAUAAAAAUCACACUUAGAGUUUAUGUAGUGGGCAGUUAGAAACAGGGAACUAAAGACUUUUCCUCUCUCUGCCUCCAACAAAGCCCAGGCACCCCACCCAGCACCAUGCUGUCAGCCGUGGGGACAGGCAGCCCAAGGCUGCAGGGAGAGGGCCCCAGGAGGCCUGGCCCUGUGGGGUGAGGCUGCAGUGCGCCCUGGGCCCCCUCCUCUGCUCUCAGUGUGAGAGUCCACUCUCUCUGCUGCCCUCUGGGGUACUCCGUGGACCGCAGCUGUGUCCAUACUAAAACGUGACCAAAGGCUGUAAUUUCCGGCUUUCAUAGCCCUUUGUCAGGGUAUCGUAUAUUGUGAGUUCCUGGGAAAUGGGCACAAAUCAAAGGGACCCAGUUCGGGGGAGGGAGGCCACAGCGUAUCCCCCGAGACUGAGGAACUUCAGACAGUUCAAGUCUAAGGGGUUUUUCAGGCAUAAACAUCCACCGCCCGCCUCCUUUUCUACAUGGGAAGGCCGACGCCACAGUGUGCUUUAGUUGGUUUCCAUCUGAAAGGGGUCCUGAACCUGCCACGGGACGUGAUGCCAGUGGUAGCUGAAUGUGCCUCACUCCAGGUCCUCCUGGAAUUAUCCUCACCACUCGGCUGAGGGAUGCUGUCCACACCCCUCUCACCGAUGUGGACGUGUGCACGCGGUGUGUGCGCAGAAUCCAGGCUAUCAGGAUGCUGUGCCAUGGCUGCCCCUGUGAGGCCCGUGUGAAGCCAGCCCCGUGCGUCUGUAGCUACCCCUUGAGGAGUAACCCGAGCUGCGUGCUUCCUGGGAAGUUGCUAAGCUGCGCUGAGGUGGUAACAACAGCAUGUGGCCUCCACCUCACAUAAGCAUUUGGUGUCUCCUUGAACCUCUGUUGUGCACCAGCCCCUAGGAGACACUGAAGAGCCAGACCCAGUCAAGGCCGUCCAGCCAGGGAGAGGGGGGUGCGGGUGAAUGGUGUCCUGCAGGUGCUGGGCCGGAACCUCUGUGUCGCUGCGGUGGUGUGUUCAGCUCUGACACAAGUGGGGAUGCCAACCCCAGCAGGGCUGCUGGGAAUCUUUUGGCCUUUUGUUGGCGGGGUUUCGUGAGCCUCUUAUGCUGGGAAGAAUCCAGCAGGAGACUUUCCUCCUCAUUGUCCUCAGCCUUCGCCCAUGCUCCGAUUUCCUCCCGUGUCCCCAUGUGUGCUCCAGUGCCACCAUCCGUCUCCCAGCUGGGCCCUGGGCACGUCCCCGUGCCGUCAGCCAGCGCGCUCUUGGAGCAGUUGUUUCCAAACCGACCUUCACAUCUUCGUUCCCUGGAGCCACCUCUUCAUAAGUAGCCAUGAGGGGUUAAUUGUGGCACCUGUUCUCCCUCUCGACCUCUGCCCUUCGUCCUUCUCAAUUCAGCUUCUAUGUCACGAGCCCAUCACGUGGCUGGCAAAA